GCAGCCAUCUUCCAGUAACUCGCCAAAAUGACGAACACAAAAGGAAAGAGGAGGGGUACUCGGUAUAUGUUCUCUAGACCUUUUAGGAAACAUGGAGUCAUUCCUUUGGCCACAUACAUGCGAAUCUACAAGAAGGGUGAUAUUGUAGACAUCAAGGGAAUGGGCACUGUUCAAAAAGGAAUGCCCCAUAAGUGUUACCAUGGCAAAACCGGAAGAGUCUACAAUGUCACCCAGCAUGCCGUGGGCAUCAUUGUAAACAAGCAAGUUAAAGGCAAGAUUCUGGCCAAGAGGAUCAAUGUGCGAAUUGAGCACAUCAAGCACUCGAAGAGCAGAGACAGCUUCCUGAAGCGGGUGAAGGAGAACGAUCAGAAGGAAAAGGAAGCCAAAGAGAAGGGCACCUGGGUUCAGCUGAAGCGCCAACCUGCACCUCCCAGAGAAGCCCACUUUGUGAGGACUAACGGGAAGGAGCCUGAGCUGCUGGGGCCCACUCCAUACAGACUCAUGGUCUAAUGGACACAAAGGAAAUAAAGAACCUGGACUACAAAAAAACAAAAACAAAAAACAAAAAACAAAAAAAACCCCAAAAAACAAAAAACCAAAAACCAAAAAAAAAAACAGUGCAAUAAAUCAAUAAGAAGAAUAGCAUGAUAAAAUAUUAGAUGUUGAGGUCCUAUAGAUAGAUAAGUUCACAGACAGGGGUUCACACGGUAGAGAGGGUCAAGGCAGUUGUCCCAAGGUGUUGAGCACCCUCAGUAGCUUAGAUCCCUUAAAGACCCCAGCAGCCGAGAGCUCUGCUGAGAAUGUGUCCCGAUAUUACACGCACGUACCGGCAUUUCUUGGAAAGCAACUUAAAUAUUAAUGGUCACUUUAAAAGCUGAUAAACUAUUUAUAAAGAGAAGCAUAUUUAUUUAUUUAUUUUGCACACCUAUGACAGGUUACUUCAAGAGUUUUGGUAAGAAGUAUCUGUGUGUAUUCCGAUGGUUCAUGACGACAUUAUGUCCUGAAAGACCCAUUGCGACUCCAAGUCAAAAGACGCAUCUAAGACUGUUAACCCGCAGAACCCCUUGGCUUAGCCUGAUCCACCAUAAAUGUGCUCAGAACACUCCCAGUGGCUGGCAGCUGGGCAAAAUCAACUCACACAAGCCCAUUCAUAAUAAACUACAGAAUAACAC